UUGUCACCAUAUAGCGUCAUGUAUUGGCAAUAUUGUUUGUAAUUGUGCAGUAUGUGUUUCUAUUACCUCUAACUUUUUAUGUUGUAUAUUGAUGUAAAACAUAAUUUUAAUAAGAAAACAGUGGGUAUGGAACAAUUGCACAUGAUGUAGAUGUGAGUAGUUGUACGAUGGGCCCAUCUUACAAGCAUUAAUAAUAAACAACUUAUCGAGAGUUGGUUUUCUGUACAAUUUUUCAAGAAAAAUGUAAGCCAAAGCUUGUAAAAUAAUGAGGCAAUGGCGCCACCAAAAGACAAGUGGGUAAGACGAUUCGUCAUAUCAGAGACAAAUCGUCAUAAAAAGGGUUUCACCAUCUAUAAGGUCACCUCGGUGAUGUUUUUAAAGAUGUCGCCUGAUAUGAUUUCCAAAGUUUCCGUUUGGAAAAGAUACAGCGAUUUCAAGAAACUAUACAGUACAAUGCAAUCUAUGCAUUUUAGUAAAGAACUAGGUGAACCCUUCCCACCUUUCCCAAAGCCAAAAUUUUUUGGAAGAUUCGAAACUGAAGUGGUGGAGCAAAGAAGAGAAUGUGCUCUGAGGUUUUUGGAGUUCAUUGGACGUCACAGUGUUUUGUACACCAGCGACGUUUUUAUCAAGUUUUUUGAAAAAGAUUUGAACAAGAGGUUUCCAGAUUGCUCGCCAUCCUUGAGUUCUGAUACAUCGGAAGAUGACAGAAAUGUCAAUUGCGAGAAUGAAGAGUCGAGUUUUAGUAGUACAACUGACCUUCCAAAGUUCGUGUGUACCAAAAAGAUGAAGCCAAUUAAAGUUGGUAAGCAAAAUAAAAUUAAGUCGAACAAAGUUGAUGGUAAUUCACAGGAGCAGCAUCAUGUAGAUAACAAUAGUACAUCAAAAAAUAAAUCUGAAGAUAGUCCAGAGACGUCAAACGGCAGUGAUAAUUUUUUGAAAGAUAAAACUUCUGCAAGUAAGCCCACAUUGGUGAUUCAUGAUGGAUCAGAUCUCACUCAAUCUACCAAUGAUUGUGCCCAGUAUAUUUUAAUUGCAGCAGCACAUAUGAGUGCUGCUUUUCGUCACGAGGCAAUUGCUGAAUAUGAGGAAGCUUUUACCCAGUAUAAACUUGGUAUAUCUCACCUUAUGAACGGUGUUCAAAGUGAAGCAGAUGAAGAAAAGAAAACAAUGAUUCACGAAAAAAUUACAAAGUACUUGCAAAGAGCUGAAAGAUUAUACAACAGACAUUUGAACUGUAAUGUUUCGGCAUUGUACAAACCCGUUGCAGAAUUGAGAAAUUACAAAGUCAUUGAACUCAUGGAAACAGUUAUGUUAGUCCAAGAUACACUCCAGGGAUUUAAAAGAGUUAUAAAGACUGUAGAAAAAUCAACUGAUUGCGAAAAAGAUAUAAGCAGUUAUAUAUUACGAGGAAAAGUACCUUAUAUGGUUCAGUUGUAUUCUUGUAUGCAAACUGAUUCAACCGUUUUUUUAGUAUUACAAUACAUGACAAAAGGAAAAUUAUGGGAUUUUGUGAGAGCUAAUUAUAAACCGAAUAGUAAGAGAGAUAAAUAUAGCAAAAGAGGUCAUUCCCGAUCAUUCAGCUGGGAUUCUACAGUUCAAAAUGAUGCAGCAGGAAAUAGACCAAAAAUAACAAUUACCAAGGAACACGUUGCCAAAUCUUCAAGUUCUGGAGAUAAUCAUUGCUUGAACCUUGCAAGUGAUUUUGCGACUAGUGAUACAACAGAACUAGUUAAAAAUGCACAAAAAUUACUGCAAUCCGUGAAUGCGACUUUGAAACGCAGUAACUCUAUUGCAAGUAGAUUAAACGAAUCUGAAGACUUGCUAUAUGAACAAAAUACGAACAAAGAUAUUGAAGACAGUAUUAUAUCACACUUGGAGAGUGCUUUGAAAACCGAUUCUCUAUGUGUUGGAAGUAACGAAAAUACGGAUGACAGUGAAGAUUUGAGCGAGCUUUCUGCCAGUGAUAGUUGCACAGAUUUAAAUUUAGACAAAGAAGUCCACGUAAAAAGUAGCGAUCAAUCAAAAAACGAUGAAAAAGCAGUAGACGAUAGUUUGACGAAAAUUAGUAAUUUAAGUACUCUUAAUUCAUUUACGGAUAGAAGUAGCGACAGGAUCGAAUCUCUUGGAACAAGCGGAGAUGUAUCUCCGUAUAAAAAAGUAGACAAUCAGUCUGUUGAAAAAGAAAAACAAAACUGGUCCAUCCCAGAGUCUGUAAUAAGGACGUGGGCCGCACAAAUUCUCUUAGCCUUAGAGGCUCUGCAUCAGCAAGAUGUUAUAGUCUCGGACUUGAGGCCGGACAAUAUUUUGAUCGACGAUUCUGGAAAUGCGAGCAUGGCCUACAUCGUGCCACGCAAUGAAAGCGAAUUAUUGCGCCUAAAAACACCGUACACUUCUCCUGAAUUAUGUAUGUUUACACCACCUAUCUCAAUCACCACGUCCGCCGACGUUUGGAGUUUUGGAGUCUUAUUGUAUGAAUUGCUAACUGGAUUUGAUUUCCAAAUAAAACACCCGGGACAGUUUCAUUCACAUUCCUUGAUUAACAUUCCAGAAGAUUUGUCGGAAAAUGCCAAGUCGCUGUUACUUAAUGUAUUGAAGUACCAACCUAGCGAUCGACUUUCAAUUCCAGAAAUAAAGCAGCAUCAAUUUUUUACAAAAAUUAACUGGUUGGAGCUUUUGAAUGCUCAAAUAUAAUGUACUUUUCUUUUAAAAAG